AUGAUUGGCUUGAAGAGACGAUGGGCCCAGGCAUGCAUUGGCACAGAGAAGUGCGGGAAGGCGAUUCACCAAAUCAGGAUACAACUUUUAAUUGGACUCCUAUCCUCACUCCUGUUGUUCUCGGCGACGUUGGUAUUCUAUUUUACCGCCAAGAACGGCCUAGGCCAAUUUUUCUUAUCUAUCCUCACUGUUAUUCCGCUCUCUAUUCUGAUUCGGAUCGCAAGGGAAGACCUCGUCGUGAGGUUCCAGCUUGAUAAUCACGAGGUAGCGGCGGGGCUCACAAAUGCAAUCUUCGGUAAUUCCAUUGAAAUAUGUUUUGCUAUCGUUGCGGUUGCGCAGAAUGAGGCCUUGGUCGCGCAGACUUCUCUAACAGGCGCGGUUCUGAGCAAUUGUCUCCUAAUUCUGGGCACCUGCUUUCUUUGCGGAGGUUUCCAGAAUGGAGUGCGGACGUACCCGGUGGUCAUGGCGAGAGACAAAGCACAGUUGCUUGUUCUUAGUUUGGCUAGUAUUGUUCUACCCACGGUUUUCAAGUUAUCUGCACAAGCAAAAACAGAGUCUGGUUUACCGGAAGUUUCACGAAGCUCCGCAAUUGUGCUCUUCCUUGUUUUUUCUUUCUAUGUCGUAUAUGAGUACCGGAGGCAUGCUAUCUCAACACCGCCAUCAGUCAUGUUAGGACUGGCGUCUGCUGGCGCUGUUUCCUCUGCCCCCGUCUUGGAUGCAUUCAAAGAUGUCAAUUUGCAAGAACUUCGCAGCCAAAGCCUAGAGCAUAGCGGAAAGGAAGCCAAGUUACCCAUAGUGGUAAACCUCUGUAUUUUGUUCGUAUCUCUUGCACUGACUGCUUUUGUCUCGCUUCUUGUUGUGCAGUCGAUCGAAGCGCCUCAUACGGCUAUUGGUAUGUCAAAGAGCUUUGUGGGACUAGUGGUCAUUCCAAGCAUCUAUGGCUGUGCUGAACAAACCGUGACUGCUGCCCGAUCUCGGGCCGAGAACAUUGAUUGGAUCAUUGAGAUUGCAAUAGACUCCAGUAUUCGUGUCACGCUCUUUGUGUUGCCAUUGGCCGUAUUGGUUGGCUGGGUUGCUGGAGACGACUCAAUGAGCUUAUUUUUUGAUGCCUUCCAGGUGACCAUUCUGGGGCUGGUCGUACUAUUAGUAAAUUAUAUCAUGCAUACCGGCUCUUCUCACUGGUACGGAAAGAUGUUGCUUCUCCGAUUCAGCUGA